CGGCGGAGGGAUCCCGGCGAGCGGUGUGCUGCGGCCGGGCCGGGUGAAUGGGAUUGAAGAAGAGUUCAGCUUCUCGGCUUGUUUUUGUGUUACAGUUUCUCUCCUCCUGCGCCUCUCCGGCUUCGUGCCGCCCUCCCCGCCCGCUCCCUCCUCCCCGCCGCAGKAGGAGCCCCCCGCGGAGAGGGGGAAGGAAAAGGACCCCACAGAGGCGAGAGCGAGCGAAGAGGAGGAGGAGAAGGGAGCAACCUACCAUCUUCCACUCCCCGCUUAGCUUAAAGAAAGUGAGAGGAGGAGAGAGAGAGAGGCGCCCAGAAGAGGGGGACAGGGAGGCCCAGAGGAGCGGCGGCGCCGGCACCCUCCCCCUAUGAAGAAGAGUCCUCCCCCUCACAGAGAGGUCCUGCCAGGGGGACCCCGGCCGGCCCGCAGCAGCACCGCCGCCGCCAGCAGGCGCCGGGAAAAUUCCGUUUCUUCAGCAACUUGUUAUUCCGGAGCCGGGCCUGCCCCCCUCGCCCUGGGGCUGUCCUUCCCGCACAGGAGGGGGUAGAGAGCUGAAAGGGAUAACUUACUCAAGACUGGACUGGUGUUAAAGAGGAAACCAGAAACUAAAGGCACUGGAAUCAGCAAACACACAUCUAGAGAAAGUGGAGAAGGUAGAGAAUGGAGCUGCAGACUCUACAGGAGGCUCUGAAAGUGGAAAUUCAGGUUCACCAGAAAUUGGUUGCCCAAAUGAAGCAAGAUCCACAGAUAUUUUUUCUUUCUAAUCAGAACGCUGAUUUGAAGAAACAGCUUCAUGAACUUCAAGCCAAAAUCACAGCUCUGAGUGAGAAACAGAAAAGAGUGGUGGAACAGCUUCGAAAGAAUUUGAUAGUGAAGCAGGAACAGCCAGACAGUAAGUUUCAAAUACAGCCAUUGGCACAGUCAGAAAACAAACUACAGACACCACAGCCACAACCACUACAACAGCUACAGCAACAUCACCAUCAACAGCAGCAGCAAUCCACGGCACCCUCUUCAAACGUGAUAGGAUCACAGAAAACUGUAACUACAGCUUCUAUGAUCACCACUAAGACACUACCUCUCGUCUUGAAAGCAGCAACUGCGACCAUGCCUGCCUCUGUUGUGGGUCAGAGACCUACCAUUGCCAUGGUUACUGCUAUCAACAACAAUCAGAAAGCAGUCCUCAGCACUGAUGCGCAGAAUGCACCAGUCAACCUCCAGACAACAAAUAAGGUCACUGGGCCAGGAGCUGAGGCAGUCCAAAUAGUGACAAAAAACACAGUAACUUUGCAGGUUCAGGCUACGCCUCAGCCCAUAAAAGUGCCGCAGUUCAUCCCUCCUCCCAGACUUACUCCUCGUCCAAAUUUUCUUCCACAGGUUCGACCUAAACCAGUUGCCCAAAAUAACAUUCCUAUUGCCCCUGCACCUCCUCCAAUGCUUGCAGCUCCUCAGCUUAUUCAGAGGCCUGUGAUGUUGACAACAAAGUUCACACCCACAUCUUUACCCAACUCUCAGAACUCCAUACAUCCAGUUCGUGUAGUUAACGGGCAGACAGCAACCAUAGCCAAAACUUUCCCUAUGGCACAGCUCACCAGCAUUGUGAUAGCAGCACCAGGUACCAGGCUCGCUGGACCUCAGACUGUACAGAUCAGCAAACCAAACAUUGAAAAACAGACUAUUAAACCACAUGUGGAAACAGAAGAGAAGCAAACAGAAAGUCAUACAGUUACUCCACCUGCUGCACCGAAGCCAAAACGGGAAGAAAAUCCACAGAAACUUGCCUUCAUGGUGUCUCUGGGACUAGUUACUCAUGACCACCUGGAAGAAAUCCAAAGUAAGCGACAAGAGAGGAAAAGAAGAACAACAGCAAAUCCAGUGUACAGUGGAGCUGUUUUUGAGCCUGAGCGCAAGAAGAGUACAGUGACGUACCUGAACAGCACAAUGCAUCCUGGGACACGCAAAAGAGCCAAUGAGGACCACUGGCCAAAGGGUGAUAUCCAUGAGGAUUUUUGCAGCGUUUGCAGAAAAAGCGGGCAGCUGCUGAUGUGUGACACAUGUUCACGUGUUUAUCACCUGGACUGUCUGGACCCACCUCUGAAAACCAUUCCGAAGGGCAUGUGGAUCUGUCCCAAAUGUCAAGACCAGAUGCUAAAGAAGGAAGAAGCAAUCCCAUGGCCGGGAACUUUAGCAAUUGUUCAUUCAUAUAUUGCAUAUAAAGCAGCAAAAGAAGAGGAAAAACAGAAACUACUUAAAUGGAGUUCAGAUUUAAAACAGGAAAGAGAACAACUAGAGCAGAAGGUCAAACAGCUCAGCAAUUCUAUAACAAAAUGCAUGGAAAUGAAGAAUACCAUCCUUGCAAAACAGAAGGAGAUGCACAGCUCCUUGGAGAAGGUAAAACAGCUGAUCCGCCUCAUCCAAGGCAUCGACCUUUCAAAACCCAUAAACUCUGAGGUCAAUUCAGUAGCCAUCUCCAACGGCAUGGACUCCACUAACAAUACUAAUGCUGCCACCUCCACCUUAGCCCCCUCCCCUUCCCAGAGCUGCAUGGUGAACUGUAACAAGGGCGAUGAGACUAAAUAACACAGUGAAGUUAAGAAGGAGCCAAGGGAGGUGGCGGCGAGGAGAAAGAGCAAAAUAAAGAAACUCUAGAAAAGCAAAACUGGAUUUCUUCUGGAAAGUGCAGAAUUCUUUAGUUCUUUGGUUCCAGAGAGAGCGUGAAGAUGCUUGUGCCAGGCGGCACCGGAGUUUGCCAAUUGAUCCUUCUUAUUCUGUGUGUACAUGCGAAGUUUGGAUCAUGUUACAUGAAUAGUGCCAGCUGGGGGUUCUUUGCCAGCACCAUGCCAAGUGAAAUAAUAUAUUUACUCUCUCUAUAUUUUACACCAGUGUGUGCCUGCAGCAGCCUCCACAGCCACUAUAGGUUUGUUUUAUUUUUGUUUGGGGUGAGGAGCAGGGAUAAGGGAGGAGAGCAGGUUUCAAGUUCCUAUUUGCAGAACAGUUUGUUUAGCUAGGGGAAAACAAAAACAAGUCCAAAGAGCCUAUGGGCUUUUCCUGUUUCUAAACUCUCAGUACUAUUAAACCAAAAAACCAGAAAUAUAAAUUAUCAAAUCCCAGUGCCCAGAAGGGACAAGUCUAUCAAAUAAGCAGUAUUUACUAUUGUUUAGACAGGAGAUAUACAAAAGGAAAGGAGAUGGACUUUUCACUGAGUAACCAGCACAUAGAAUCACAGAAUAUGCUGAGUUUGAAGGGACCCAUCAAGAUCAUUGAGUCCAACUCCUGGCCCUACRCAGGACACCCCAAGAAUCAAACCAUGUGCCUGAGAGCCUGUGGGUCCCCACACUCAUCCAGAAAGUCUGUGYUGAGAAUGGGGAAAUAGAGGGCCAGAAUCCAGGGUCAGCUUGGAGCAUUGGAUGGAGGUGUCCCAAGAGAAAAUGUGCAUCAAUUACUUGAAAAUGAGAUUCCAUCCCUUUUCUGUAUUURUAAACAACAAAGGUAUCCUGAACAAAGUAGCACAUAACCCAGAUGUGUGAACUCAACAGAGAAAUGUCCUUUUCUUUCACUUCCUUUCUCUUCUUUUGGUAACAAGAACUAAAUAAGGAAUAGAAAAGCUGUUUUUCAGGCUGACAGUCUAAUUAAAGAGGUAGAUGGGACCUUGCAUGGUAUAGAUUAGAAGUAAUAGUGUCAGUGAGAUACAGUGAGUCUUUGUGAGUCCUUGUGUCAUCGUUUUGGGCACUGUUUUUUUAUGCAAGGGCAAAAUCUUUGUAUCUGGGGGAAAAAAAACCAACUUUUUUAAAUUAAAAAGGAAAAUAAAAGAUAUUGAGGUCUUCCUAGUGUUACUUAAAAUAAGAUCAAGGUAAGAAACAUUGUAAAAAAAAUUACAAAAGUGCUAUUUGUUUCCUAAACAAGUGAUUUCUAUUAAAAAGGUGUCAGAACUGGAGAAAAUGCUGUGUACUUAGAAUUUUUUAACACAGACUUUGCUUAUUUAUGAUGACAUUCUGCUGUGUUUGUGUUCUAAAAUCCAAUGGGACAGUUUCCAUAGGUUAUACCACACAUCUACUGGCUAAAGUCUAUAAAGAGAAUCAAAUCCUGCGGUGCUGGAUCUCGCCCCACCUGGAGGAUCUGCCAGGCUUGUCGCUGCUGUACCAUCUCUCUCCCAUUAUUCCAUGUGUUUGUAACCCAGAAAAAAAGCUGUUUAAGGCUUUAACAGUUCUGUGAUACAGACUGAUUCGAGCUUAAGAAUGAAAGACAGUGAGCUGGAUUGAAAUCACCCUCUGUUAUCUCCUGUUGUUUGAGAAGUUCUUCUCUAAUGUAUAAUUUUUUCACUCCAGACAGUGGAGUUUGCCUUGUGCUUCCUGAUUGUGGGGUCUGGCUCAGUUUAGGGUGCUGAUUCUGGUCAUUGUGUCCCAGAGCUGUCUAAUUUCAUAUAAACAUUUGGGCAAAUAAAUAUAAACAUCUGGGCAAAGCGCAUUUCCACUGGAAGUACUGGGAAAAUUCCCUUUAUUUCCAGUGGGAGCAGAGUUGAGCCCUGCACACACAAGGUGAGGCAGCGUCCCUGGUGUGGUGGCCUUGAGAGCAGCUGUUGGGUGGUGAGGCAGACCUGCUCAGCUGUUUAUAGUGCAAGACAGAAAAGCUUUGAAUUUCAAGGAUUUCUGAGCAAGUGAAUACUCCAGACACUACAUAGCCUGAGAAAGUUUCUUUGCUGCCCCAGCCAAGUGUGCUUCUGUGGGGCUCUUGGAGCUGUUUUCUUCCCUCUCCUUUAGGUUGUCAUUCUGCCCUCUAAGGACUUUUAUUCCUUUUUAUUCCCUCUGUAGGAGUGUUUACUAUUUUCAGCUCUGAGCUCAAAAUKGAUAUCCUGAGUUCUCGCAUUUGUCUCUGUUGGGAAAGUGACUCUUACACACACUUCCCAGCUGAACCAGUGAUAACCCUGACUCUCUGUCUUUUGAUGUUUGAGUUCUGUUCUGGAACUAGCAGAGUUGGAAGGAUAAGUUAGUARAAGUGUCAGGGAGACAGCUGGGAAGACAGCAUCAAAACGGAUCAUACUAAAAAUGUCCUUCCAUCAAUCCAGUUACCAAUGGGGUUAUUGCCAUUGCAGCACUAGGCCAGCAACCCAUAGCAUUUAAACAAAGGACUGUCUGUUUCAAGGGCUGAAGAGAAAAACCAAACUGAACAUAAGCCUUCCAUAGAAUAUGAGCCCUCAGCUAACAGCCAGAUAUUCAGGAGAAACUGCCUUUUUUGAACAUGGUCUUUGGCUGAAUAACUGGGUGAUUCUUAUCAUCUUCUGAAGCAUCAAGCAUUCCUGGUAGGAGACCAUCUCCAGGGAAAGGGGUUCUGAGUCUUCGUGGUUCUCAUGCUCUUAUUUCUGUGUUAACCUGAGCUCUCUUGGAAGCACUAUUUGGAGGUAGGAGGCUAUGCCUGGAGAUUCAAUAGUCCUGUUUUCUUUACUGAUUCGGGAGAGGAUGGAAGUGAAGUUCACUAGUAGCCAUAUUUAAAUUUGAGCACAGUUAACCAGCCAGGAGAUAUUAAAACARCUAUUACUGCAUUCCUGAGGCAUCUGUUUGUUUCCAGAAUCCAAGCAGAUAAGUACAGACUUUUAUAUCCCUUUUGUUACAGCAUUUGUGUUCCAGACGAUAAAACGAUGCCUUUAGUUCGACAUUCCUUGACAGAAAAAUGAUCUUAGACUUUUUGAUGAUGCUUGGGUAGUUUUCAUUCUCUCUAACUGAUCCUGUUCGGAUGCUUUUCCUUCUGGCUCUGCAACAGUAUCAGCCAAUAGGCAAGGAGCGUUCCCAGGGCUACACUGACACUGGCAAUGAUGCUGCUGUGUAGAGAAAGUAARUUGGGGUUACGUCUGCCUGAUUACCAACAGUAGGGUGGAAAGGGAAUUSGUGUUUGCUAAAUACAGAGGAAAAUGUUUUUUUGGUUUUUUUUUUUCCUAGCUGCUCUAAGAGGUUCUAAUCAAGGGAGAUAUUUAAACUCUGGGACAGCUUAAAGCUCAAGCUUCUCUUUUGGGUUUGUAUUGGUUUGGUUUUUUUUUUUCUCAUGUACUGUUUGAGAUGGAAUGAGUUUGUACUAAAACUUCUGCUCCUUGGGAAGCUGUCACGAUGGCUGUGGUUUUGUAUUUCCAAACCACCAUCAAGAUAUUAACUAAUUCUUAUGUCAUUUCUUGUCACUGGUAGGAAACUAGUGGCUUUUAAAUCUCUGUUAUAAGGGAAGAGAUGAGACCACAAAGGAAUCUCAUAUCAGAGAUGGUCCUGGCUCUCAGCCCGGUGCYAAGGGCUCUGAGAAGUCACCCUGCUCCUUUGCUCAGAAACAGAGCAAGCAUUGCAGAAGUUGUGUUUUCCUUCUCCUUGCAAUCUGUUCUUUAAACAGCUAAAAAGGUGUGUUGUGGUUGGAGUGGGAAAGUGAGUGUGUGACCUGGCUAGAAGAAUUGGUAUCAUCACUGGUGUUCUCAUUGUCUUGGUUCAGAGCCAGCAGUGGGUUUAGUGCUGUACAAAAUGCAGAGAAAGCAAUACUUCUGGGGAUGAUUGGCAGGCAGGGUGAGUAGCAUGGCUGAUUCUUCCAAGGCAUCUUUAACCAGGUGUUACCAUGUUGUUAGGAUGAACUAAUGUUCUGCAGGAGCAAAACAGGGCUUUGUUCUAUGUUGCAAGCAAGUUUCUGUGAAUGGGGAUAUGAAUUAAGAGCCUGGAAAUUAAAGAGGUGAUAAUUUUACGGACAGAUCUCUUGGUUUUAUUGUUGGCAGGACAAGAAUACGACAUUUUUUCUUUCCUGCAAUUCUGUAUUCCAAAUGUCUAGAAAUGUGGAACCUAUUUGUGACCUUCUUGUCUUCAAAUCAUCUUGCUUCCUGUACUGUUGCAGAGACAGCCCCGAAAAGCAGCGUGGUCAGCAUUCAGGAGWACCCAGAGUGAAAUCUCCCUCAUAGCCCCACCAAGCUGUGGCAGCCCACAAUGCAGGGAGUAAACUCUGGAAUUUCUUUCCCAUGUGGAUACAGCAGAAAACAUUUGUGAAUUUGCAGUGCACAUGUUUCUCUCUGUUCCUCAGCUUUGCUUCCGCCCUCUUUGCUUCUGAAGCACCAAUGACAAAUACAUGCUUUUUUAAUGGAACCUGCUUUUAAAAUAACAUAUUAAGAUGUUAAAUCAAAAUUCACUCUYUUACUGAGGGCCUCUCUCAGCUGCUCAGAUAACCACCAAAAUACCAGUAUUACACUUCCUUGUGAACCACGCCCCUUUGGGCACRAUUUGCUGUGUAUUUUUAGGACUGUUUCAACCCUUCUUCACCUCCUAUUGUCCUCCCUUGGAAUUCUGGAGAUCCAAAGCAAGUUCAGCUUUGCUGGAUUACUGCAAAGAGUUUUCUAACAAGUAGGUAGGAGUCAGGAAACCAGAGAAAGAGGAAGAUGUUUUGUUGUGCAGCUAAUUAAUUUCAUGCUUAGGCUUGCCUGGCCAACAAACUACCUCAACAAAGGCCAUUCCCAAACACUAUGGAUUCUGUAGUUUCUGGCAUUUGGAAGGCAAAAGGUCCAAAGAACCCUCCAGCAGCCAGCUAGGGACUGAUCUCUGAAGGUGUGUGAGUGAACCUUGCAGUGACAUGCUGUUGGAUCCUAGUUUUCAGUGUCAGACCUGGACCAGGGAAUGACCCAAAAAUCAGAUGGGAUMAGGAAAAUGUGAGAACUGCAGAUGUCUUGUCUCCAGGUUAUUGCUGUCUUACUCAGAUCCUUCUUUAAGCCUCAGUCCUGCUUGUAACUCCUACAGAAUGGAAUGUAAUACUUGAAAAAUACAAGUCUCUCUAUCCUUGACCCUUAGCUCCCGUUUCCCUCCUAUUUCUCUUAUCUGGGACAAGAACUUUCUGCAUCAUUGUGUCUUGUAUAGGAUGAGCACAUAGUUGAUCAAAUUGCCAAUAAAGAAAAUUAUUUAUACCAUGCACUGGUAAGCUUGGUAAUUAUAGAUCCAUGAAAAGACAAACACCUCUCCCAGAGGCUGAUUUAGAAUGGGGGCUUGUUUCAGAAAACCAAGAUCUUACCUGUGUGAGAGUCUGUUUGCAUCCCUGUCACUAUUACUAAAAUAUCUGACUAGUGAUGAGAAAAGAGGCUUGUCAAGAGCACUGGUGCUGUGGAAAUCACUGUGCUGUGCAAGUCCCUSCAGUGUAUCUCAUGAGAACAGCCAGGCCAGGACUUCCCAUCUCCCCAGCCAGAGGUAGAUGCUGCAAGGGACAAAUUCAAGGCCUCUUUGGAGAAGUGGUACAGGGCUGGAGAUGGAAAGGAAGAGGCAAAGCAGGAGCAGCAAAGGAAACAGAUUACAUGGGRUAAAGCAGAACAGAGAGAAAAAAUAUACAAAGACAUGAGGAGGGAAAGUGAGUGUAGGAAAAAUCCAGGAGUGAAAUAGGGCUCCAUUCUGAUUAGACAGGUAUUCCUGCAGUUACAGGAUUUGUUCAGUGGAAAGAGUAGAACAAAAAUGCUUUUUAUCCUACCUCAAUUUCUGGCAUGGGUUGGUCUGUAUUCCAAAAGGAGCAGGUGUGGUGGGAGAACAGCUGCUUGGCUGCAGAUAGAGAAGGAAACAGGCACUAAGUCAUCCCUAGUUCUGCAUCUGCUGCUGAGUGACCCCAUCCCGAUGAGAGCCUUAUUUGACUUCUAAGCUACAACACUGGGAUAAGGCAGAUGAAGCAGACCUUGGGGCAGCCAGAACCUACUCUGAUUUGGACCAUAUUAAUUAAACAUUUUCUCGACUAGAGACAUUCCCAAAAGUAGCUGAAGGUUCAGCUCUGCUGUGUGAUUGCACCUUCCUGGUUCAAGKGUUACAAUCAGCCUAGCUGAAACCAGCAUCAGCUUCCAGAAGUCCUGGUUUCUGUGUGAGCRAAGGAGACAACAUGGAUUAGGAUGUGUGGUUCAGGUAAUUCUCAGCCACCUCUUGGAGCAUCUGUGCAAGAUUCCUGCUCUCUGGGCUGUCACGUCUGGCAGUUCUGUGCCAAAACCCCUCUGUGUAGCAAUGCCUCUGUUUUCUCAGGAUCUGAUUUYUUUAGGGACACACACAAAGGGGUGUUUCAGCAGUGCAGCUGAACAGGGGCAUGUGGUAAGUUUAAUGUAACCUGUGAGGAGCUGAGUGCCUCUAGAUCAUGGGGYACUCUGCUGGGGAAACAGCUCUCCCCACUCUCCUGUGUAAGCUCUGUGUAAGGGAUAAGCUCUGUGCCUGUUCUUCUUCGCUCUGUAGUAUACAAGCAGGUGUCAAAGGCUUCAGAUGGAGAAACUCAACCCAGCCCCUAAUUCUAAGAAGGAAGAGGUACUUAAGGGCUUGCUUACUAUCAGGAGUGCCUGGGGAACUCAAAAGCCUUGUAAGUGUGGCUCCAUAUCCUGGAUAGAGAGCUGGCAUAGAAAGGCAGCAGCAGUGAGCAGUAUCGAUCAGCUCACACCACCUUUUGCAUCUUUUUUCUUUUUCCUAAAUUUACAUUGGCAAAUGUAAAACUCAACCAAAUCCUACCCUUUUGUCACCAGCCUUCUUACAUUUGUUUGUUGGAAAACAAAUUAAAUAUUGUUGCCUUUGAUCUUUGAGAAAGUAUUUUUCUUAGUGAGCAACCAGAACUUAGUGAGCCUUGGGGGUAUAGCUCAUGUGGGGAAGGGAAGCAGCAUCACAGGCCAGCUCCUGGGGCUAUGUUCAGUGGGCACCCUUGGCUCUGGAUCCCCAGUGCCAAACUUUCAUACUGCAGCAGCACUAGGAAGAUGCUGUGCACGUGCAAGGGCAGGGCUAUCCCUGGCUUUUUAUCCAGGUGUUGGUCUCUCAGGUGGGGAAUGCCAGAAUUGCAGGGGGAGGGAAGAAGAUUGCUCUGUGCCUCAUGUUCCCCUCUGUAAGGCAGGUACUGGCAGUUCUGACUCUGGAAAAGCAGAUUUCCAUGGCUGCAGGCAUUGGGGUAGGCACUGUUGAAAGCAGCUCUGUGCUGGGUGCAGCAGGAGGCUGCAUGUUUCUGCUUGUUCUGGGCUAAUGUGUAAUUUAUAAUCAUAGUCUCAUAUGUUUCUUUACUUUAAAUUAUCACUGACAUCAAAACAGUGAUUGACUCUAGAGCCAGGCAGUGUCUUACCUGUUAGCUCUCCCUUCCAGGAAGGUACAUUGUCUCUGAGUCGCUCCUGAUGUCAUAUGUGACAGGCAGCCAAGACCCAACCUAAGAAAGGUUUUUGCUUCUGCAUCAGCCUCUGAGACUCGGGCAGCUUCCUGGCAGCCCCACACAAACACAACCUGCAGCAGUYGUGUCCCACAAGCUGCUUCACUCCAAUUACAGCUGCAGGGUGCCCCCCAGGCACCAUCUUAACACUGUCAGAGGUGUCCUGGCUUCCUCUCACAGCCCCACAGAAGCAACGCAGGUGUUGCAAACUCCAUUAAGGAAAGAUUAAGCAAGGUAACAGCAGGGAGCCUGCUAGUGCCGACCUGAUCGGGUUCCUGUGGAGGAAGGAAACAACUUUGCUGUGUCCAGGAGAGGACAAAGAGAAGUGGURGUGAGCUGCCACCACCUGCAAGGUCUGCUGAGGCACUGGGGUGGCUGUCCAUGCCGAGGUUUCUUUAGGGAGCUGAUUGGCUCUACUCUGCAAACGUCCGCCCUGUCCRCAGCUGAGGGCAGGAGGUUGUGAAGGCAGCUCUGUUCAUUUAGGAGAAAGUACUCAGGCUUCAAUCAUGGCUUCAUGUUCCUGUGAUCACAGCGGCRCCAUCUCAGUAGAUUUACUGAUACCACCAUCUGUGUGCCAUGCUUUGUACCGUUCCCCCACYCCACCCCGGCGUUCCACCCAAGACUGAGCUGUGAAGCAGAGUCCUGGCAGGGGCCCAGAGCAGCAGCUGACCCUGCAGGGCUCUGUGUCUGAGCCUUAGUCCCUCGCCCAGCCUGUCUGAUUUCUCCAGGUGAUUUUAGUGAACAGCCCCCCCUGCUCGUGCUGUCCCCGCAGCCACGGGCCUGGYGCUGCACGGGAUAAUGGCAGCUUCUCUCCCAGCUGGGUUCCUUAACAGCACACCUUAACAGCAAGGUGCCAGUGGCACCUCUGSUGCCCCAUUCCCCACCAAUCUCCCAUCCUUGCAGGCCCUGGUGUAAAAUGCCCUGACUGGUACUGCUCUGUUGUCACAGAAUCACACCRUGAGAACACCCACUCGUGAACUGGUUUGGGUUUUUUAAAUAUCUCUAUUUUUUUUAGCCUGAUGCUCAUAGUGAUCUGCAGUAUCUGCUGCCUUCAAGUUCCUUGUUGUUUCAGUUUUGGUACAAAUGUGUUUAGAAUUUAGCAAAUUAAAGUUGGGGGGGGGGGUACAGAGCAUCUGAUCAAUUUGUA